CUGGGUCCGGGCGGAGAGAAGCUCUCCGCGGGCCACGCCCCCUAGGUCCAACGGGACUCGCGCGCAACUGCGGGGUGGAGCCGCUUUCGUGACCUUUCACCCCAGCAUGGCUGCGUCCAUGGGACCCGUGAAGUUCUGGCGACCGGGUACAGAAGGGCCCGGUGUCAGCAUCACUGAAGAGAGACAAAGUGUCACAGAAAACUCUGGGACAACCAUCGUUUACAAUCCUUAUGCUGCCCUCUCCAUAGAGCAGCAGAGGCAGAAGCUGCCUGUGUUUAAGCUUAGGAAUCAUAUUUUAUACUUGAUAGAAAACUAUCAGACCGUGGUGAUUGUUGGAGAAACAGGAUGUGGGAAAAGCACACAGAUUCCUCAGUACCUGGCAGAAGCUGGCUGGACAGCUGAAGGAAGAGUGGUCGGAGUGACCCAGCCUCGCAGAGUGGCUGCUGUGACAGUUGCAGGGAGAGUAGCUGAAGAAAGGGGUGCAGUACUGGGCCAUGAGGUGGGCUACUGCAUCCGUUUUGAUGAUUGCACCGACCCACUGGCAACAAGGAUUAAGUUUCUUACCGAUGGAAUGCUGGUCAGGGAAAUGAUGAUUGAUCCAUUGUUAACAAAAUAUAGUGCCAUCAUGUUGGACGAAGCCCACGAGAGGACCUUGUACACUGACAUUGCCAUUGGCUUGCUAAAGAAGAUUCAGAAAAAACGGGGAGACCUUCGACUGAUUGUGGCUUCAGCUACUCUGGAUGCAGAGAAAUUUCGAGAUUUCUUUAAUCUAAAUGAAACCAGUGACCCAACCAGGGAUACAUGUGUGAUCCUUACAGUGGAAGGGCGAACAUUUCCGGUUGAUAUCUUUUAUCUACAAAGUCCUGUUCCAGAUUAUAUCAAAUCAACUGUGGAAACUGUGGUGAAAAUUCAUCAGACAGAGGGAGAUGGAGACAUAUUAGCCUUUCUUACUGGCCAGGAAGAAGUAGAAACUGUUGUGUCUAUGCUGAUCGAGCAGGCCCGAGCACUGGCUCGCACCGGGAUGAAAAGACACCUCCGGGUUCUCCCCAUGUACGCAGGACUGCCUUCCUUUGAGCAAAUGAAAGUGUUUGAAAGGGUGUCGCGCAGUGUGAGGAAGGUGAUAGUAGCCACCAAUGUGGCAGAAACCUCCAUUACAAUCAGUGGCAUCGUGUAUGUGAUUGACUGUGGCUUUGUGAAGCUGCGAGCCUACAAUCCCAGGACAGCUAUUGAGUGCUUGGUGGUCGUGCCUGUGUCCCAAGCAUCAGCCAACCAACGAGCAGGACGUGGUGGGCGCAGCCGCUCAGGAAAGUGUUACCGCCUUUAUACAGAGGAAGCCUUUGACAAGUUGCCUCAGUCCACUGUUCCUGAGAUGCAGCGUAGCAAUUUGGCCCCUGUCAUCCUGCAGCUGAAAGCACUAGGGAUUGACAAUGUCCUCAGGUUCCACUUCAUGUCGCCCCCUCCAGCACAGUCGAUGGUUCAAGCUUUGGAGUUACUCUAUGCCCUGGGAGGUCUGGACAAAGACUGUCAUCUGACUGAGCCACUUGGCAUGAGAAUAGCAGAAUUUCCUUUGAAUCCCAUGUUCGCCAAAAUGCUGCUUGAAUCAGGAAAUUUUGGAUGUUCUCAGGAAAUUCUGAGCAUUGCAGCCAUGAUGCAGAUUCAGAAUAUCUUUGUGAUCCCCUCAAACCAGAAGUCUCAGGCAAUCCGAAUGCACCGAAAAUUUGCUGUGGAGGAGGGUGAUCACCUCACCAUGCUCAACGUGUAUGAAGCGUUUAUCAAACACAAUAAAAACUCGCAAUGGUGUCAAGAGCAUUUCCUGAAUUACAAGGGCCUUGUCAGAGCCGCGACGGUGAGAGAACAGUUGAAAAAGCUACUUGUCAAGUUUCAGGUGCCCAAGAAGUCUAGUGAAGGUGAUCCAGAUCCAGUCCUGAGGUGCAUUGUUUCUGGAUUCUUCGCAAAUGCAGCAAGGUUCCAUUCUACUGGAGCUUAUAGGACCAUCCGUGACGAUCAUGAACUGCACAUCCACCCUGCAUCAGUCCUCUACCCAGAGAAGCCACCUCGCUGGGUCAUCUACAAUGAAGUUAUACAGACCUCUAAGUAUUACAUGAGAGACGUGACUGCCAUCGAAUCUGCUUGGCUGUUGGAGCUGGCUCCACACUUUUAUCAACAAGGAACGAAAUCAAACUCUGGACCUUGUGCUUGCCAGCACCUGUCCCUGAAAGCCAAGAGAGCCAAGGUCCAGGACCAGUGAGCGAGUGCAGCUGUGGCUGCUGGGACUGCUUGGUGUCCUCCACUCCAUGCUGCCCUGGAUGAGUUGGCACCUCAGAAACCCUGGAGUGGGUGUAGCCCACUCAUCCGCCCCUUUCUUCCCGCUCUCCUCAGCAUUGGCAGUCCUUGCUGGGAUCGCAGAGGAGCCUACACGGACAGGUAUCCUGCUGCACUGCACCCAGGCAGAGUGGGAGUGGGCUGGGCUGUGUUCUUGGCUCACUGAACCCAGCAUGCCCACUUCAACAGGCGCAUGGGCCUGCCCAGCUCCUGGAUGGAGGAGGAAAGUUAGCCUUUCUGAAAGCUGCCUCGCGUGAUGUACAAUGUUGCGUGGACUCAGUGUGUGCUGGGCCGGCUUUGCUUUUCCUGCCACGGCUACAGCUGUGCUGUCCACUACCGGUGCACACAGUGUGUAUCUGAAGGCAGGAGGCCUUGGAAACACUGGAGAUUUCUGCCAUGGUCGCGAAGGCUGAUGCCUGAUGGGCACAAGGGUUCCCAAACCAAGCAGCUUUGUGUCCUCUGCCCCUGUCCCUGCUUAUCUGCAGCUAGUAGACAUGCAAGGGACUGGUAGCCCAUGGGAAGCCUCGCAUGCUGUCUCAGUUAGCCAAGGAUCUGUCCUUCCCAGGUGGACUUAGCAUCCUCUCUGAGUACGAUGUAGGGUGCUGGUGCCACUGGCGGAGCACUGGUGAAAGCUCCUCAACUCUGACCCCACAGAGCUGCCCUUUAGCAGGAAUUCCCUCCAGUUUAGAUGCUCUAAACUCCCAUAGCUCAGGAACAGAACUCUGAUGUACAGUAUUUGACUUUGAUUCAUUGUCCUGCGUCCUUGCAAGAACACAUGGGGCAGCUCCUCCGGCAGGCACAGAUUUGCCCCAGGGCUGCUUUGCUGCCAUGCUGAUUGUGUUUCAGCAGGCGACUAGGCAGAUUCUUCCCCUCACUCUUUCAGUGACUUUUAUUUUAAAUACACGUAGCUUGAGAAUUUAUUUUUGUACUGAUUUUAGUUUGGGUGUGCCACUUUUGGCACCAAACCUGUAUGUCAUUUUUAUUUCCGUUUUAUAAACGUGUAAAUAGCAGUGAUAACUUGUUAAUAAUAGUAAAUCUUUAUACCUAAAAUAAAUGUAUUCCCUCCCAUC